AUGGAGGGAGGCGUGGUCAAAAUCCACCCUUUCGAGCUGAAGGCCACGUGGCGUCUCAUAGCAGCGGAGCUCGCGGGCAGGCAGAAGGGAGACUGCUUUUCCACUCAUGGACUCCGGCUCUGGGGGCACGACUUCAAGCUGCAAUUCUAUCCCCACGGGGACACUGAAGCACAAGAAGGUUUCUGCAGCUUGUUCAUCUGGUCCAGAGUCCCCCUGGAAAUGGAAUGGGAGCUGGCUGGAACGAGAUGCUGCACGUUAAUCACAGAAGAGAGAUGCAACCCAGCCAAUGGGAAAUUGUCGGGCCGGGGACGCAAUAGCUUCUGCGAAACCCCUGAUUUGACAAGUCCAGUUGAAGUGCAUAUCCAGUUCAAGCACAUCGACGGCAAGGAUGCCAAGAUGCUUGCGCUGGCAGCUGAUCGGCCCGGCAAGUUCCGAGAAGCCGCCACCAGAAUUCAGGCCAUAUGGCGUGGGGGUAACAUCCGGGGAAGGGAGGCGCUUCGCCGCGCGGAGGAGCGACGGCGCCGCCGCCAGUCCCGAGAGCUGAAGGCGGUCCUGUGCCUGCAGCUGGCAUGGCGUAUACACCAAAGGCGCCUGAAGCGCCGCUGGCACAGCAAGAUGGUGGAGUCACGCAGCACUCCGUAUGACGCCAUCCUGGCCUUCGAGUCGCUGUCGCAGUUCCUGUCAACAGGGGCGAUCCGGUUCCUUCAGCAUGCGGAGUCGAAGCUGCAGGUGGCGAGCGCCGCGAGGUUCCGCAUCGUCGCGGUGGUUGGUCUCUUCGACAAGGGCAAGACCUUCCUGAUCAACAAGCUCUUCGGGGUGAACCUGCCUUCCGGAAAGCUCCACACGACCAAGGGUUUGAGCUUCCUGUGGAUCGAGGAGCGUCGGAUGCUGGUCCUGGACUCUGCUGGCGUGCAGUCCACGGUAUCCUACCGUGCCCAAGCAGUUCAGGAUGCGAUCCUCGAUGCCCAGACAACGGAGUCCCUGAUGUUCGAGAUGAUCUCGCGAAUCGCGCACCACAUGAUCUUUGUGGUCAACGACCUGACCUGGUUCGAGCAAAAGUAUGUGGCCAUGCUGCACCAGAAGUACGUGCAGGGCGGUCAGCAAAAGGAGCUGGUCGUGGUGCACAACUUGCGGAACACCACGGAGGUCCAAGAGGCCUGCAAGCUGUUCAGCCGCCAGGUGACACGUUGCUACGAUGGCGAGCAGUCCCACUUGGGCGAACUCAUCUUCACUCAGGAUGCCGGAACGGGGGCACCCCCUCUACACCACAUCGGCCUCUGCUACGAGUUCUCCAAAGCGGGUGAUGCGUUCAACGAGAAGAACCGGCAGCACCUGCUGCAGAGCCUGGAGCAUCGCAACAGCCUCGGUUCGGAGCUCGUCCUCGCAGACAUCUUGAAGGCAGAGCUCGCUCGGCUUCUGCCACGCUUUGUCAACAUCGAGGCCAAGUGCCCGGAGAGCUCUGUGUGCGGUCCCGACCAGGCCAUCGGCGUGGAGUUCUGCGAUGCGCAACAACCUACUCCUGCAGACGCAGGCCUCAGCACAGAGUACCAAUGCGUAGGUGUGCUGCGAAUGAAUCUGUCGCAGGAGGGGGCCCGUGUGGCCAUGAAGACCCGCGGAGUGAUCUCUCCUUUGGGCGAGAUCAUCGCUCACGAUGUCAGUUUCGAUCCCAUCGUGAAUGUCUAUGACCGCACUACCACUACCCAUGGCACCAGCCGUUACAUCCGCAUUGAGUGCCCCGGGGUGACAGAAGAAGACGUGGAGUGGGAGGAGCUGCCCAACGGCGUGAAGAUCAGUGUGGACAAGAAGCGACCGAUUGACGAGCAUGCCGUGCAGCCGGUGCAGCCUAUCCGGCAGCACCAUGGUGUGUGGGAGCAGGAGUUUUCUUUCGACUACUCCGAAGGCCGCUUCGAGCUUUGUCCUGAAGAGGCAACCUUCGAGAACGGGGUGCUCACCGUGGUGCUCAAGAAGGCCGCUCAGCCCCGCCGUGGCAAGUUUGGUGGGCGAGCUGGCGACAAGGGUAGCAGCCACCUCGUCGCCCGUGACCCGGUUCUGACUCAGCACGACAUGCCCCUCAACUUCCUGCCUGAUUUUGUCGAGGUGCACCCCUUUGCGCAGGCCCGAGUCACAACAGGCGAGCCAAUUGAAGCCCUCUACAUGGGAGCAGUCUUCCUAUACGUCACGCCUUUUGUGGGAGGAUGCCGGUUUCUUCGACUUCUGGUUUCGUGUCUUCAUGUUGAACGAUAUCUAUGGCCAUCUCUGAUGCUGUUCUGCGAUGACUUUGCUCUGAAGCUGCUCUAUCCCCUGAGAAGGUCCCGCGCAGCGCUUGAGCUGAGCAGAAGUCUUUGCCUUCGAGGGAAGAUGGAUGCUGGCGGAAUGCCGUGGAAGGCCUUUCGGUCUCCUUCGAGCCCUUUGAGGCCUGGACGGCUUCAGGGCACGGACGCAGACCACUGA